AUGUCAGCUGGGGAUGAGGAGUUUCGAGGGGUUGGCAGGCCAAGUGUGUUCAAACCCUUCUUACGGUUCACAGGCUCAGCGCUCAUCUUUGGAAGGGUUCGGGCAAAGGCCGUCUUUUCUGAGGCAGGUCAUCCUCCAGGCGUUGACAACGACGAUCAACCACAAGCACCAGCACCAUCACAUUCACUCGUUAUCCGUGCAGUAACUCCUCCAUACGCCGCAUGGCCAGCUCAGCCUACCACUUGGUUCCAGGCGGAAGAGCCGUCGCAAACUUGUAUCUACGUGCCGUUGCUCGUCGUCGUCAAUGGCGUCCUCAAGAACUGCGCAACAUCUCACGCAUCCACGAGGCUGCUUGAAAAAGGGCGCCCUUUUCUUUCGUCCCCAAGGCCAAUGAACUACAUGAUCGUAGCUUUGAGGCCCGUAGUGAUCAUUCAAACAGGGGCGGUGUGA